CGCUCCUCCAAGACGGUCGGAAGUGGUGAGGCGACUCCGGGGGCCGUUGUUCAGCGCGGGGGCUGACUGAAGAGGCUCAGUGUCUUGGCUGGCUGGUCGGUUCGGCGUCUUUCCUCUCGUCCCAGGAACAGCUAAAGAUGGCUGAAUUUCUGGAUGGCCAGGACACUCGACUGUGUGACAACUGCAAAAAAGAAAUUCCUGUGUUUAACUUUACCAUCCAUGAGAUCCACUGUCAAAGGAACAUUGGUAUGUGUCCUAUCUGCAAGGAACCAUUUCCCAAAUCUGACAUGGAGACUCAUAUGGCUACAGAACACUGUCAGGUGACCUGCAAAUGUAACAAGAAGUUGGAGAAGAGGCAGUUAAAGAAGCAUGAGGAGACUGAGUGUCCUCUACGACUUGCCCUUUGCCAGCACUGUGAUUUGGAACUUUCUGUUCUCAAACUGAAAGACCAUGAAGAUUACUGCGGUGCCCGGACAGAGUUAUGUGGCAACUGUGGGCGCAAUGUCCUGGUGAAAGAUCUGAAGACUCACCCUGAAGUUUGUGGGAGAGAUGUGGAGGAAAAGAGAGAUGAGGUUGCCAUGCCACCUAAUGCAUAUGAUGAUUCUUGGGGUCAAGAUGGUAUCUGGAUUGCAUCCCAACUCAGACAAAUUGAGGCUCUGGACCCACCCAUGAGGCUCCCUCGAAGGCCCCUGAGAGCCUUUGAAUCAGACCUUUUCCAAAGUAGAACCACCUACCAAAGGAGCAUGACAGCCCAGUUUCCAAUUCAGAAUAAUCUAUUGGAAGAACAAGAAAGGCAGGAAAGGAAUAGAAGCCGACAGACCCUCAAAGAGGGUGGUGAAGACAGUGCAAACUUGGAUUUCAUGUUGGCCCUAAGUCUGCAAAAUGAAGGCCAGUCCCCCAACUUGGCAGAGCAGGACUUCUGGAGGGUCAUAUGUGAGGCAGACCAGUCCCAUGAAGGUCCCGGUGCUCUGAAUGACAUAAGGGGUGCAGCUGAUGAGACCAUGUUGCCUUGUGAAUUUUGUGAGGAGCUCUACCCAGAGGAACUGCUGAUUGACCAUCAGACAAGUUGUAACCCUUCAUGUGCCUUACCUCCGAUCAGUGUGGGCAAUGCUUCUCCCAAAGGGGUGGAGGACCCUGAUGUCAUCUUCCAGAAGUUGAUGCAGCAGGCUGCAAGUAGCCAGUUAGACUCUUUGAUGGGCCUGAGCAGUUCACCUCCUGUGGAGGACAGCAUCAUCAUCCCAUGUGAAUUCUGUGGGGUCCAGCUGGAAGAGGAGGUGCUGUUCCAUCACCAGGACCAGUGUGACCAACGCCCAGCUACAGCAAACAACCACAUGUCGGAGGGGAUUCCUAGUCAGGAUCUCCAGCCUCGACAGACCUCACCAGAGCUGCCCAAGAGGCGUGUCAGACACCAGGGAGACCUGUCUUCUGGUUACAUGGAUGAUAUCAAGCAGGAAAUGGCUAAAGGGCCCACCUAUCCUCUCCCUGCCAGCAGACCCACUAACAAUAUGACGGCUACUUCUAACCGCCUGUCAACAUCCACAUCAGGCUCCAGACCUGGGUGCCAGCCGAGCCCUCCUCGCGCUCUGAAGCUCAACAACUUAGACAGUCAGGGCAUCCAGGGGCACAAUCGAAACAGCCAUAAUGGGGCCCUGGCUCCUGGGCACGUUCCAGUGGUUCACUCUGCUCGAAGUCUCUACCCAGAAAACCUUGUGCCCUCUUUCCCCCGUGGGCCUUCAGGGAGAUACGGAGCAAGUGGCAGGAGUGAAGGUGGCAGGAACCCCCGGGUCACCCCCACGACCGCCAGCUACCGCAGCAGAACUGCAAAGGCAAAACCCCCCAAGCAGCAGGGAGCUGGGGAUGCAGAGGAGGAAGAGGAGGAGGAGUAACAGUGUCUGCAGGGAACUUGUGCAUCGGUUCCAUCUUUCCUGCACAACUUGCCGUGGUGCAGCCCCGCCUCUUGGGCUCUGUGGGUAGGGGCCAUCUGACAGAUUUAACUUUUUCUAGGCUAUGGCCAUUUUGUGUCUUUUGAGAUUGUGCUGUGGGAGUUUGGGGGUUUGAGGGAGGGUUAGCAGGGAGGCUGUUGAGAACGUUUCAGCUUUAGCUGCUGCCUUUUGGCAGCAUUAGUUACGGCCUCUCGGCCCACCAGGGCUUCAUCUUUUGACAUACUGUCACCACUGCUUCAUGGUGCUGUGUGGUCCUGGUGGAAAGAGGGAGGGUUCUGGAAACCUGGUCCCCACCAGUGAGGUGAUGCUCUUCCUGUGGUGGCCUAAAUUGGGGAACUUUUGGAUAUCCUCUCCUGUGUACUGCCCAUCUUCACUCUAGAAUUUGGGCCUCUGGUGUGCGUGGAGGAGCUUUGGUAAAGUGUUCAGGCCAGUUGCAAUAUGUGUUAGGAACGAGGUUUGGAGAUGAGUUGAGCCACAGGUGAGCGGACUAUGUACAGGCUUUGUUUUAAUCUGCUUCUUUGGCAUUUGGCAUCACUGCCUUCUGUUUCUGAUGGGGAGCAUGGCUCCUUUGCCUUCACUGCCUUCUGAUGGGAAAGGCCGGGGGCUCCCUGUCCCCUCCAGGGCUAUGCUGGGCUCUGUGCUAAUCAGGAGUGAGGCCUAAGCUCAUGGCUUGCUCUGAAAACCAAGUAUCAGAGCCCCCUCCCCCUCUUUUUAUUUUACUGUUAUUAUUAUUAUUAUAAUUAUUAACAUCCUUGUGAUAGAAAUAAAGUUUGUACUUGGAGUUCA